GGAAAGAAAGGCGUGCUGUGGUUGUGCUCAAUGUACGGUGCGCGUCGCUUCUUUUUUCUUAUAAGAAAACAAAUCAUUUACUGUUUGUCAGACAAUUUACGCGACAUUUUAGGCAGGUAGAACGACGUAGGUACGAUUAUUGGCAAUAAUAGUUUAUUAGUAUUGCAAGAAAAAGUAAGUGAUUGUGCGCAGUUGAAUAUUGCAACCGCGCGCAAAUCUUGGAAAAGAAAGUGAUAAGAGCGUAAACACUUUUAGUCAAAUGAUCCAAUGGACAACGACGGUGUGUAGAAAAGGUGUAUAAUUUGUCAGCGAAUACAAACGAAAACUGUUAUUUUGAUAAAAAAGAAGUAUGGAAAAAGUGAACACGUAGUUUAGCGUAUGAAUUGGCUGUAGUUGAAGUGCGCGCGCGUGUAAACGAGCCAUCAGUUCCGUUCGGGUGAUCGAACGCUAACCAUCAUUUUACGUACGCCGAAUUUUUCAGCAAAGUUUGCUUGGACAAGAAGGUCUUUCGACAAACAUUACGCUUAACUACGCGCGUACGAAAAUAACGUACCUAUGAGGACCUCAGCGAGCCACAUAAGGCAACAAGCUUUGAAGGUAGUGGAGAGUUUAAAGAAGGGAGGCCUACGCCUGCGAUGAGCAUGCCAACGAAAGGGAAACAUCACCACCUGCCCCAACAUCACCAGCAUCAUUCACAACCACAUCACAAUCAGCCACAGCAUCAACCUCAACUUAUAGUGAACGUCAAUCAACCAAGUGUUCAUUCGCCUCAAUCUUAUAAUACUGUGGUUGCUUCUAAUACACCACGUUUUGUACCGAAUGCUGAAAAUUGAAGAAAAAAGAAAUCAACCGCCAUCACUUUCAAAGAGAUCUCUCGUGACUUCAACCACAGGGCGUAUUCAACUAUCACAAUAGAUGAGCUCCGUUCAUAAGGCACUUUAUUAUAUUGCCGAUCAAGUAGACGAUGACAUCAUGGUGCAGCAUUGCCGAUUGAGAGAUUCGUGGACAACGAAAGUAGUGUCGGUUAAAUAUCGAUGAGCUCUUUGCACUUGACACCAUUGUCUGUUUGUUCAAUGUAUCGAACCUAUCAGUAGCUUCGAGCUCAUCAACGCAGCAACAAAAAGAGACGCAAACAGAAACAACCAAGAAAAAAAAAAAUAUUUAUUUUUACGACACGAAUAACAGAACGUGUUUUUAUACGAUCAUACAUAUACUAUUUAGAAAUAUGAACGAGUGAACACGUAUGAUCGUAUUGCACUAACGGUAAAGAAGUUUUUCCAUAGAUUCAUACAGUAUUUUUUUCAAU